AUGAAAUUCACACUUGUGAUAUUUGUGCUGUGUGUGCUUUUGGAGAACUGUGUUUUCGCUUUAACUUCAGAGGAAAUAUUAGACGUGACAGAGGCAUGCUGUACUAAAGGCCAGGCGUACGCGCAGACUGCAGACUCGUGUUCUGGCGCUCAGCCGUCAGACGACAUCGAGGAUGACCAAAGAGAAACGUGCGUUUCUGCGUUAACAAGUUGCUGUGAGGACCAGCAGCAACAGAAAAAGGAAUGCGCUCUUGGAGUGAAACUGGCAGAGUCGAAGCAAUGUAAUACACCAUCCAGUGAUAUUGGAAAGAUGUGUUGCAAUGAAUGUACAUUCGGACAAAUCUCGGGCGAGUCUCAAGGAAAACUUGGAUGCGGAGAACCCUCGGAAGACUAUUACAGUCCUACUGCAGCUCUCAGGAAGAACGCUUAUUACCAGUGUUGUAUGGCAGCUGCAGAAGAAGAAACUACGACAGAAGCAAAGAAAAUCACCACGCCAAAAACGAAUCCCAAAGAGACGUGCAAGAAGAACUCCUGUGAUCACAUAUGUAAGGUAGACCACGAUCGCAUUCAUUGCGAGUGCCAUGAAGGAUACAGGCUCCAGGCUGAUAAAAAAUCUUGCAAAGAUAUAAACGAAUGUGCUGAGGCGAUCGACGAUUUGUGCCUAGCAGCAGAUACUGUAUGCCAUAACACAGAAGGAUCAUUUCGUUGUGUGCCGCUGAAGAAGAGAGAAGUUGGACUUGGCUGUCCAGCGGGUUUCAAGAGAAAUGUUGUUAACCAAGUAUGUGAUGAUAUCAAUGAAUGCCAGUUACCACGACCACCGUGUCCUAAGUAUCUUUGUGAGAAUACAAUAGGUGGUUUCAAGUGUGCUGGUAAACCUGGGAAACCAGCUAUAGAAGCGAAUCCCGGUGCUACCACAGAGGCUGUUGUGACUCCAGCUGUUAAGAACGACAUCUGUCCUCCUGGGUUUAGAGCUGGGGAAGAUGAUGAAUGUUUAGAUAUUGAUGAAUGUGACGAAAGAUUGGACGACUGUCAGCAUCUCUCCCAACACUGCAUCAAUACCCACGGCAGUUACUUCUGUCAGGACCACGUGUCUAAGCGAUGUGCUCCAGGUUUUAAAGUAAACGCUCGAACUGGCAUUUGUGAAGAUAUAGAUGAAUGCGAGGAAAGCCUUGAAGUUUGUAAACGUAGUGAAGUUUGUGUCAACCUACCCGGUGCUUAUAACUGCAAAUCGAAGAUUUCCACACUGCCCAAAUUAGCCACCAAGAAGUGCCAAGAAGGAACUCGAGUGCGUCCCGGUGGAACUGUUUGUGAAGACAUAGACGAAUGUCGCGAAGGCACACAUCUAUGUGAUCAGUUUCAAAAUUGCAUCAACACAUUUGGUGGACACGAGUGUCGCUGCAAGAACGGUUUUGAAUUGGACUCUUCGUCGGGAUCUUGUGUAGAUGUUGAUGAAUGUGCGUUAAAGCUGGAUAACUGCGAGAGAGGUUUAAAUUGUCUGAAUGUAUUGGGAUCUUUUACUUGCACUCGACGUGCUGUCAGUACAACGAGUACAACUCCACCCCCCCUGUACGAAUAUGAGUACUAUGAUUCGGAGGAAGAAGAAAACACAAAUAAUCCCCCGCCAAAACAAUCUUCACCUCCAACUUCAUCAUCUUCUACAUCAACCUCUACUUCAACAUCAACAUCCACGUCUACGUCCACGUCCACAACAACAUCUACGACAACACCACGCCCAACAACAGCAUCUACUACCAUAGGGACUACCCCUAGACCGUAUCAACCUCCUCGACGAAAUCCCUAUUACCCACGGGCAACGCCUAGACCAAACAGAAGACCAUAUUAUUCCAGAACGACCACAAGCACUACAGAAAAAUCAAUUGAUGAUUCUAAACCAGAAAGUCCAUAUAACAAUGGUGUUAGAACACCUAAUGAAAGUGACUUUAAUAAUGUUGAAGAGAGACCAGAAAAUAGAUUACCUAAUGUCCCAGAUAAUAGAAGGCCAAGCAGCAGACCAGAGGAAACAACAACAGAAAGCAAACCUCCUAACAACAAUAGAAGGCCACAGUAUCGACCAAAUAUUCAAGAUACUACAGAAGCAACUACACCCAAAAAUAGAAGACCGGAUAAUGGAAGACCACAUUUCUACCCGAGAAGACCGACUACUCCUAUCGAAGUGACAGUUACAGCUCCAACAGACAUAAAUGUAAUCGAAAAAGAUAAAGCACCAGAUGGAACUUAUGAUAUUGAGACUGGGGAUAUUCCGAAAGAUAAAUGGACAAAUGUAAUAGGCCGAGAUCCUGUUGAAACACCGUUUGAUCCAAAUCUGGUACAUUGCUUAAAUGGAUUUGAACGAAACGAAAGAGGAGAGUGUGUUGACGUCAAUGAAUGUGAGGAAGGCCACCACAUCUGCAGCAAUCUUGAAACCUGCAAAAACAGACCUGGCGGUUAUGAAUGCGAGUGUAUUCGGGGCUUUACUAGAGAUGACUCGGGGUGGUGUGUCCCCAUCACCACCACACAAGUCACCACUAGCUCCACAACUCCUAGAACCACUAGCACCACUGAACAAACAACAACUUCUACUACUGUGUUUACUUUAGAAACUGAAGUGACUACAGCUUCAACGUCACCCGACUGGCAUUACCUCCCGAACAGUCGUGGUUGGCGACCAACAACUUCGUGCAAUCAAGGCUACUCCUACAGUUUCUCUCAAGGACGUUGUAUGGACAUUGACGAGUGUGCCACAAACAGAGCAAACUGUUUACCGAAGGAAGAAUGCGUGAACACUGAUGGUGGAUAUCGAUGUGACUGUGGGCGGAGAUGUCAUGGAGAUAUACCCAGUUCGGUUCCACCUUCUCGCGAACCGGAUUCCCUUCCUGAAAGCAAUACUAUCACUGUAGGUGCCCAGUAUGGAAGGCGUGGACAGCGCUACAUGAGACCAACGAUCACAAGGCAACCAAACACCGGAUCCAUAUCCGCCAUCUGCCCUUGGGGGUACAAACUGACUUCUGAAAGACAUUGCCUAGAUAUCGAUGAAUGCGAACGCAACGUGUCCGAGUGUGGUCCAGAGCAAAAGUGCGAGAACUUCUACGGUGGAUACUCUUGCCAAUGCCCAGCAGGGCACCGUCUGGUUGGGAAACACUGCGAAGAUAUAGAUGAAUGUAGAUAUGGAAGUCCCUGUUCCUACAACUCGCGCUGCAUCAACACUGUCGGGUCCUACCGUUGCGAUUGUGGGGAGGGCUUCCGCAACGCUCCGUCUAAUGACAAAGUUUGUGUCGACGUCGACGAGUGCUCGGAGUCUUCGACUUUGUGCGAACAAGCCUGUGCUAACGCUUGGGGCAGUUACCGAUGCUACUGUAAUAGAGGUUACCGGCUACGAAACGAUAAUAGGACGUGCGAAGACAUAGAUGAAUGCGCGGAAUGGGGCACAUCUAGAAGUAGAGGCCGCCUGUGUGGGGGGAGAUGUGUGAACACACCUGGAACCUACAGGUGUGCCUGUCCCGCGGGAUAUCGUCUAGCUGACGACGCUAGAAGUUGCAUAGAUGUCGAUGAAUGUGAGAACGGUCAAGCGCAGUGUGGUAAAGAGGCUGGUUCCGUUUGCCAGAACACGCGCGGGGGCUACCACUGUCACAACAUUCGCUGCCCACCAGGAUACAAAUUAGAAGGAAAACACAAAUGCAGCCGCAUUCAGCGUUCCUGUUUAGUGUCAGACUGGGAUUGCAUUCAAAGGCCAAGCACCUACAGCUAUAACUUUAUCACCUUCGUGUCAAACAUCUAUUUGCCGUUGGGAAGCGUCGAUCUCUUCACAAUGCACGGUCCAUCUUGGCACGAUUCCGUUGUGAGCUUUGAAAUGCGCAUGAUCGAUGUUCAAGCCUCGCCGGGAGUCAAACCCGCGGAGUUAUCUUGUUUUGAUAUGCGGCCGACUGGCAACAUCUGCGUGGUGUCCCUGCUUUGCUCGCUACCAGGACCUCAAGUAGCUGAACUAGAACUCACCAUGUCUUUGUACCAAAGAGCACAGUUCGCGGGUAGUGCUGUUGCGAGAUUAGUGGUUAUUGUAUCCGAAUUUGAAUUUUAG